GGAUGAGCCAGCAGCCGGCGGGGAAGAUGUCGGCGGCUCCCCUGGCGGCCGAGGCGCUGGAGCCAACGGCGGGGAUGCUCGAGGGCCGCCAGAGGAAGCUGGAGUCCAUGAUCCGCGACCCGCGCUCCCCGGUCAACGUGGAGAGCUUGCUGGAUGGCUUGAAUUCUUUGGUCCUUGAUCUGGAUUAUCCAGCGCUGAGGAAGAACAAGAACAUUGAUAAUUUUUUAAAUAGAUAUGAGAAGAUUGUGGAAAAAAUCCGAGCUUUACAAAUGAAAGCUGAAGACUAUGAUGUUGUUAAGGUGAUUGGAAGAGGGGCUUUUGGAGAAGUGCAGCUGGUUCGCCAUAAAAUGACACAGAAGGUUUAUGCAAUGAAGCUCCUUAGUAAAUUUGAAAUGAUCAAAAGAUCAGAUUCAGCCUUUUUCUGGGAAGAAAGAGAUAUCAUGGCCUUUGCCAACAGCCCGUGGGUGGUUCAGCUAUUUUGUGCCUUUCAAGAUGACAAAUAUUUGUACAUGGUAAUGGAAUACAUGCCAGGCGGAGAUCUCGUAAACCUUAUGAGCAAUUACGAUGUGCCUGAGAAAUGGGCCAAGUUCUACACAGCUGAAGUUGUUCUUGCUCUUGAUGCAAUUCACUCCAUGGGCUUGAUACACAGAGAUGUGAAGCCUGACAAUAUGCUUUUAGAUAAGUAUGGGCAUCUGAAGCUGGCAGAUUUUGGCACUUGCAUGAAAAUGGAUGAAACAGGAAUGGUGCGCUGCGACACAGCCGUGGGGACGCCCGACUACAUCUCGCCCGAAGUCCUGAAGUCGCAGGGCGGUGAUGGCUACUACGGACGGGAAUGUGACUGGUGGUCUGUAGGGGUUUUCCUUUUUGAGAUGUUAGUUGGUGAUACUCCUUUUUAUGCAGACUCACUAGUAGGAACAUACAGUAAAAUUAUGGAUCACAAGAACUCAUUGCAUUUCCCUGAUGAUGUGGAAAUCUCUAAGCAUGCAAAGAACCUUAUCUGUGCCUUUUUAACUGAUAGGGAUGUGCGACUUGGGAGAAAUGGUGUUGAAGAAAUAAAGCAUCACCCUUUCUUCAGAAGUGAUCAGUGGAACUGGGACAACAUUCGAGAGACUGCUGCUCCUGUUGUUCCUGAGCUUAGCAGUGAUAUAGAUAGCAGUAAUUUUGAUGACAUUGAGGACGACAAGGGAGACGUGGAGACCUUUCCAAUCCCCAAAGCCUUUGUGGGAAACCAGCUGCCUUUCAUAGGAUUUACCUAUUACAGAGACAAUUUGUUGCUAAGUGACUCCUCUCAGUCUUGCAGAGAAAACGAAUCUGUGCAAUCUAGUAAAAAUGAGAAAAUGCUAUCCAAAAACAACUGCUCCAGUGGAAAGUCUCUGACUACAGAGCACAACAAAGGGCGGUUUCAGAAUAAACUAAGCAAGCUAGAAGAACAGCUCAGUAAUGAAUUACAAGCCAAAGAUGAACUAGAACAGAAGUACAGGUCUACAAGUGUUCGUUUAGAGAAGAUAGCAAAAGAGCUCGAUGAAGAGAUAACUUCAAGGAAGAAUGUAGAGUCUGCAGUCAGGCAGUUAGAGAGAGAGAAGGCUCUUCUUCAGCAUAAGAACACAGAAUACCAGAGGAAAGCAGAACAUGAAGCAGAUAAGAAACGCAAUUUGGAAAAUGAGGUUAACAGUUUGAAAGACCAACUUGAAGAUUUAAAAAAGAGGAAUCAGAACUCUCAAAUAUCCAAUGAAAAAAUCAACCAACUACAAAGACAGUUGGAUGAAGCCAAUUCUUUGCUGCGGUCAGAGUCUGAUACUGCAGCCAGGUUAAGGAAGAACCAGACAGAAAGCACAAAGCAAAUCCAGCAGCUGGAAAUUAAUAAUAGAGAACUACAAGAUAAGAACUGCCUGCUAGAGAAUGCAAAACUCAAACUGGAGAAGGAGUAUCUCAAUCUUCAGUCAGCUCUAGAAUCAGAAAGGAGAGAUAGAAGUCAUGGAUCAGAGAUUAUCAGUGAUUUACAAGGUCGAAUAUCUAGCCUUGAAGAAGAAGUGAAAAAUGGAAAGAGUGCAUUAGCCAAACUGGAAAUGGAGAAAAGACAAUUGCAGGAAAAGCUCACAGAUUUAGAAAAGGAAAAGAGCAACAUGGAAAUAGAUAUGACAUAUAAAUUUAAAGUUAUGCAGCAGAACCUUGAACAAGAAGAAGCUGAACAUAAAGCCACAAAAGCACGAUUAGCAGACAAAAAUAAGAUCUAUGAGUCUAUAGAGGAAGCAAAAUCUGAAGCCAUGAAAGAAAUGGAAAAGAAACUUUUGGAAGAGAGAGCUUUAAAGCAGAAAGUAGAAAACCGGCUGUUGGAAGCUGAGAAGCAGCGCUCCAUGUUGGACUGUGAUCUCAAACAGUCACAGCAGAAGAUAAAUGAGCUCCUUCGGCAAAAGGAUAUACUGAGUGAAGAUGUAAAAAACUUGACAUUAAAAAUAGAGCAAGAAACACAGAAGCGCUGUCUCACUCAAAAUGACCUCAAGAUGCAAACACAGCAGGUCAACACCUUGAGGAUGUCAGAGAAGCAGUUAAAACAGGAGAAUAACCACCUUCAGGAAAUCAAAUUAAGUUUGGAAAAACAAAACAGUGAACUCCGCAAGGAACGUCAAGAUGCAGAUGGACAAAUGAAAGAGCUUCAAGACCAGCUCGAAGCUGAGCAAUAUUUCUCAACUCUUUAUAAGACACAAGUUCGAGAACUUAAAGAAGAAUGUGAGGAAAAGACCAAAAUUUGUAAAGAAAUGCAGCAGAAGAUACAAGAGUUACAGGAUGAGAGAGAUUCCUUGGCUGCUCAGCUAGAGAUUACUUUGACAAAAGCAGAUUCAGAACAACUUGCCCGUUCCAUUGCUGAAGAACAGUACUCUGAUUUGGAAAAAGAGAAGAUUAUGAAAGAGCUGGAGAUUAAAGAGAUGAUGGCGAGGCAUAAACAGGAACUUACUGAGAAAGAUGCCACCAUAGCUUCAUUGGAGGAAGCAAAUAGGACACUAACUAGUGAUGUGGCUAACCUUGCUAAUGAGAAAGAAGAACUAAACAAUAAACUGAAGGAGGCACAAGAACAAAUUACAAAGCUUAAAGAAGAAGAAGCAAAUGUAGGAAAUAUUAAAGCACAAUUUGAGAAACAGUUGUUGAAUGAAAGAACAUUAAAAACCCAGGCUGUGAAUAAAUUGGCUGAAAUCAUGAAUCGCAAGGGUCCAGUCAAACGUGGAGCUGACACUGAUGUACGGCGGAAGGAAAAGGAAAAUAGGAAGCUGCAUAUGGAACUGAAGUCUGAACGAGAAAAGUUAACCCAGAUGAUGAUCAAGUAUCAGAAAGAAAUAAAUGAAAUGCAGGCACAAAUAGCAGAAGAGAGUCAGAUACGGAUUGAGCUGCAGAUGACUCUGGACAGCAAAGACAGUGACAUUGAACAGCUUCGCUCCCAGCUGCAGUCACUGCACAUUGGGCUGGACAACAGUAGCAUAGGCAGUGGGCCUGGAGAGGCUGAGGCAGAUGAUGGAUUCCCUGUCCAUAUCACUCAAUCCCACACUAUGGAAUCCAUGUCCUUUACCUAUCAGCACUCUUCUACCUCUGUCAGUAUUGCCACUAAGCCUUCCAGUUCUCGCAUGCUUCUUGAUUCCGAUUCUGACUCAGAGGAAGAGCCUUUGUCUUGUUCCCACAGCCCUACAGAAGUUGAUAGCACAGAAUCAAGAUUGGAAGGCUGGCUAUCAAUGCCUGUUAGAAAUAACACAAAAAAAUUUGGAUGGGUUAAAAAGUAUGUAAUUGUAAGCAGCAAGAAGAUCCUGUUCUAUGACAGUGAACAAGAUAAAGAGCAAUCUAAUCCCCAUAUGGUAUUGGAUAUAGACAAACUCUUCCAUGUCCGACCAGUCACUCAGACUGAUGUGUACAGAGCAGAUGCCAAGGAAAUUCCUAGGAUAUUCCAGAUCCUAUAUGCUAAUGAAGGAGAGAGCAAAAAGGAACAGGAAUUUCCUGUGGAGCCCAUGGGAGAGAAGUCAAAUUACAUUUGUCACAAAGGACAUGAGUUUAUACCUACUCUUUACCACUUCCCAACCAAUUGUGAAGCUUGCAUGAAGCCCCUGUGGCACAUGUUUAAACCUCCUCCUGCUCUGGAAUGUCGCCGCUGCCAUAUCAAAUGUCACAAAGAUCACAUGGAUAAAAAGGAAGAGAUUAUAGCGCCUUGCAAAGUGUACUAUGAUAUUUCUACGGCGAAGAAUCUACUACUGUUAGCUAAUUCUACAGAAGAACAGCAAAAAUGGGUGAGCCGACUGGUGAAAAAAAUACCCAAGAAGCCUCCAGCACCAGACCCCUUUGCUCGAUCUUCUCCCAGAACUUCCAUGAAGGUACAGCCAAACCAGUCCAUCAGACGACCAAGUCGACAGCUUCCUCCAAACAAACCAAGAUUACUUGAUCUGGCAUUUAAGGACUGGGAUUGGUCCUUUGAUGAUGUUGAUGAUAUUGAUGGUGAUGAUGAUGAUGACGAUGUUUUUGAUUUCUGAAGAAGUAUAAGGGCUAACUGCUUUCCGUGAAUGCAGACACAGUCAAGGUGAUAAUUUUCUUCCCAUUACAGCAAGACUGAAACAUAUCCCAAAAUAUAUUAAAAAUAUAUAUUUUCCUGAGAGAUUGUGCUAUAUAUAUCAGAGGUUUACAUUUUUGCUGCAAUAUAAAUUACUAAUCUCUGAGGGUUUUCCUGUAUUCUCCCAAGUGACUGAUCAGUUGAGGAAUGGUUGGUAAAUAGUCAAAGGAUAUGUUAGGUAACCUUUUAAGCUCUGUUCCACAAAAGCUUUCUUGGCAAGACACAUACACUACAUUUCAUAAAAGGAUCGAGAGGAAUGAGUAUUGCAAUGGAAGAAACUGACUUUUCAGCUUUGGUAAAGAUGCCACCAGCAUGUCUGCACGUAGAACCGGAGGAGGAUCCACCACAGUGAUAGAGACUGCAUCUGUGAGAAGUGACCAUUAAACUGUGUAAAUAUAUUGUACUGUAAUACUGCAAGAGGGGUUUAAAAAUCUUUCCACUUUAUUUUUUUAUGCUUAUUAAUCAGAUACCGUUACUUUUUGCAGUUGCAACUAUGCACUUGUAUAAAGCCAUAAUGUUGAAGUUUAUAUCAUUCAUACACAUCUAUCAGAAGCUGCAUGUCAGUGUUCAGCAGCUAGUAUAGGUUUGAAGUAUAUACUAGUUUCAGCUACAUCAUCAUGGGCAGUCCCCUUGUACCUGUCUAAUUGCCUUAAUUUAAAUUUUUUUCAAGUUUUUUUUGCCCAUCCUUUCUAUUUAAGGAAAAAGAAAGUUUACCAGCUCUUAGGAUGCAGUUUUGCUUUGUGGCAGAAAAAAUAGUGCACUAUUUUUACACCUAUUAAGUAUAUCAGUGUCAAUCUAUUUUGAAUGUAUAUCAACUGGUUUUAAGGGUGGAGAAGUGUUGGUUACAGAAACAAUGUCUGAGAGCAUGGGAUUUACCAGACCAUUUGCUUGUACAUGUAACUGCUCAUCCAGCCCUUUUUACAAACCUCAGUACUCCUUAUUGACUUAUAUUAACCCUCAUUAAGUGCUAUGAAACUUCAUUUUGCCUUGUUUUUGCAUACUCUCCUAGAUGUGUUUUUUUUUUUUUUUUUUAUUUCUGGAAAAUAAAAGAAUCUGUGACUAUUUUUACAUUUCACAACACAAUAUCUGAGGACUGUCACAAACUUUAAGAAAAGUGAAACAUACUGUAGAUGUAUUUUAAAGUUUUAAUCUGGUUCUCUAGCACAUAGCUGUAGGCAUAGAUAAAAAAUUCAGUAGUGUGUUUUGAGAACUGAUAGCUGGGAAGAAAGGGCCUCAGAGGCACUUAUUCUGACUUUUUUUUUAACUUGGAGUUGUACAAAAAAUAUAAUAUAUAUGGGCUCAUUCAUGAUGUGUUCAUAAUUAUCCCAGAAAAUGCAUGUUUUUUACAACUACAGUAUGUGAUGUUAAACAUAUUGACAGUAAAAAAUGUAGUCUCCUAUUUGGUCUCUUUAUAUAUAUAUAUAAAUAUAUAUAUAUAUUUAGAAUAUAUAUAUAUAUAUAUAAAAUAUUGUGUGGGAGUGCGGUAAUUUAAAAUAUGAUCUAACACUUCAAUGAAGGAGGACAUUUCACUUUAAAAUUUUGUUUGUUUGUUUUUGUUUUUAAAGAGUGUUGAAAUGUUUGGAAGGAUAGGACCAUGUUUUAUUUAACACUAUCAUGAAAAGUGGACUUGGAAACACUGAAAUACUGAAAAUUAAUAAAUAUAUUUACAUUUUGUAACCUCUACUACAGUUCAGCUUAACAAAGCAAGAAUGUAUUCAGUCUUCUAUUUAUGUGCUCACAAAGUAAAAUGUUGUUUGUGAGUUCUUAAAUUCAAAACUAAAACUUUCAUAUCAUUUCUGUUAGGUAUUCUAACCCAGAUACAGCUACGGUGGUUUUUCCCUGCUUAUUUUGAUUUACAGAAGUACGGUAUAUUUUUAGAUAAUGCAGAUUUGCAUAGAGUACAACAUUAAAAAUGUAUACAGUAAAACUGUUUCCAUUCACUGAAUGCAUAAAUAUUUUAUAUAUAUAUAUAAAAAAUGUUACAUUGUGGGAAGUUCUAUCCUUUUCUGAAUUGGAGAAUAUUAUAUAUAUAUAUAUAUAUUUUUAAAUAAACUAUUUGAGUAAGGUAAAAUAGUUCCUGAACUUGAGAAGCUGGUAAUUAAUUGAAAUAUUUAAAUCUAAAGAUAACUACUGCAGCAGAUAUGGGAAAGGCAAGGGCUGCUCCAAAGGCAGCCCAGCAAAGGCUGUGUGUUUGGAGAAAGAGCAGAUUCCAGGGAGCUGUUUGGCACUUCCUCCACUGCUGGGGCUGGAUCCUUUGCACUUUCUUUCCCUGGCUUGCCCUCAUUUACUGUGAGUCCACGGGGCACUGCUGAGCCUGACAUUUUAGGAGAUGUACUAUAUGAUAGUGUUGCUAGUCCCAGUGUGUGAAUUCCAUGCUUGUACAAGCAGUCCUUAGCUGUACGGACAGCAGGCUGUGCUGAGAUGGAGUCAGGGAGCAGUGCAGGAGCACUGGGCUCCUGUGCUCUGCCCAGAGCAGAGCUCACUUAGCACAGCUUCCUCGAGGCCCCUGGGCUGAGCUGCACAAACCUCACUUUGUACCCAGCACACAGAAAGAAGGCAGAGCUGCUCUUCUGUUCUUCUCCCUUAUCCUGCUGUGAAAUGCAAACACCUCUUUAAUGCUAGUUCCUGGAGUUUUGUGUUGUUUCCUUAUUGUCUAGUGGUGACCUUUUAAUAUUUUUGAGAGAAGGGCAUAUUCAUGAAGUAAGGAGUAUUUGACUUGAAAGUCACGGAUGUUUUAACAUUUUCUUUUUGUUACAGUCUUGUCCUAAGCAAACAGGACAUUUUUAUGGCCUGAAUGACUUACCUAUAGAAAAUUCUCUCAUUGCAAGUCCUUUUGUCUCACAAGCGUAAAGAAGUGGUAUAGCCAAGCUGCAGAUUAAUCUUCUGGAAAACCAGAGGUCAGACUUGGAGCCAGAAGCUCAAAGCACUUGUACAGAAAUUGCUCCUUAGUUCCCAGACCCAAGAACUCACCAGAACAGAAGGACAGGCACAUCCCACUGAAGUUACCUUGUCAGGUGUCAGAAAGACCUUUCUGCAGUGAGAUUUCCACUUCUGUCCUAGUUGUGUGCUGCAAUUCCCUACCUCUUGUGGUCCCUGCCAAAGUGCAGCUCCUCCAGCACUGCCAGCAACCCAGCACCAGGUCUGCUUCUAACUAGAGGAAAACUGUGGUGGUUCUUGUGCUUCUGAGCAUGGCUGAUGCUGUAACCAAAAACAUGACACAGAAUCACAGUAGGAUGUAGGACUUGGAAACAUGCAGGAGGCUCAAGAUCUUAGCAGUGGCAGAGGCCAAAUUUAAAACAUCACUGAAAUUUCACUUAUUUUCUCUUACUGCCUCUUGAAAACACUGAACUUCCUACAUUUUGGCAGGCAUUCAGUGGCUCUCUGAAGGCACCAAGGCCAGGAAAGCUGCCACUGAAAUGAUGGGCUUUUUCUCUUUAGUUUCUUGUUUGCUUCUAAUGUCAAGUGAUCAUUAGAAAUUUGAGCCUUUCUGUUUGUAAUCUUACAAUGUAUUAAUUUCCCAUCUAACUUUGAGAGAAUCAUCCUUAAAAAAGAAUGGGCCAAAAUAUCUUUUGGUCCCAAGUGCCUUUACCCAUCGUGUGCUUGUGAGGUUGUAUAUGAGAUGCUGCUGUGAAAAGUGGGAGCUUAUAUGAAAGCAAACUUCUUACCUGCAUUGCUCAUACAAACCCUUAAUCACCUCCUUAUUCUGUUUUUGAGGCGGAAGAACAAGGUCCAGUUCAGUAAACUGGAGUAUUUCAGUCUCCUCCACGUUCCUGGGCAGUUUGCCUUGACAUUCAUGUUACAAUAAUGAUUAAUUUAUUUUCUCAUGUAAUCACAGAAUACAUCAAGUUGGAAGGGACCUAUAAGGAUCAUCGAGUCCAACUCUCUGCUCCUCACAGAACUACGUAAAACUAAACCAUAUGACUAAAAGCAUGAUCUAGACACUCCUUGACCUCUGACAGGCUUGGUGCCUUUCUCAGUGCAUUACAGUUUUUUACAAAUAAUCAUCUCUGCACAUAGUACACUUUAAAUUGAAAACAUUUCUUAUUUUUUAAGAUAAUCUUCUGAAUCAUUUAGGGUUCUAUCAGAAUCCCAAGGAUCACAGAGUUUGCCUGCUGCUUUGAAGUACCCUUCAUGAGGGUGGGAAGGAUUCUUCUUUCUAAUCUCCAUAAAAGAUAUUGAUGGAGUGGUUCUGAAAAUACAAUUUGUAUUCGAUGUUGAAGCUGCCUAAAAAUUGGACAGGUGUACAUGCUCAGACAUUCUCAUCUGAGAAACUGGACAAGUCUACUGCAAUGUGUGUGGCAGAGAAGAACACUCAAAACACAUCCAGCCUAGUUCUCCCCAGAAACUACUGCAGUGAAUGGAAGAGCUGUAGCUGUAGAAACAUAGCUCUUAAGAAGUGGGGAUGUAGAGAAAAUAAUGUAUUGGCACAGGGAUGCUAAUUACCAGGUCUUAUUAAUGAAAAUUGGGGUGUGGAAUCUUUGCCACUUUAUAGGCAGGAAGCAGUGUUUUUUAAAGGUAAGAAAGCCACAUUACUACUCAAUAUUGCAAGGGUGAAGCCUUGGAUUUGACUGCAGCUGCUUUUGCUCCAAUAACCUUGUAGAAGGUGCAAGAUGAAAGUGUUGGAGGAGGUGCACAGAAAUGUUUCCACAGCCAAGACAACUGCAUGGGAUCCUUCAGUCUUACCACCUCAUUUUAAGGUCAAGGCCUCCAGUGUUUGUUCAGAGAUGUGUGCCUGCUUCUCUGCAUACUGUCCCUGUGGGCCCCAUGUCAUGUAGUUCUUGUCAUUUGUCAUUGCUGUUUGGGGUGCUUUUGGCAAUAGCCCAGGAUGCUCUUGCACCACUUGGUAAGCAUGGCUAUCCAGCGACUGCACACCGGGCUUGUGAGAUCACAGCCAGUCCUCUUGUCCUUUGCAUCACCAACUGCUGAGACUUUGGGCACUGAAUUGCCUUCAAUAAGUGCUACUUUUUAUUAGCAAGUGAACUGAUAGAAACUUGUUUUGGAGUUACCUGAGAUACUAAAUCCCUUUAUGUUUUUAAGACUGAAGGAGCUGCAUACCCCACCUGAGGUCUGAGCCCUGUUUCAUACUGGCUCGCCUUGCACUGUCUCUGACAUCAACGGUUCCAUUUUCUGGUAGGCUCUUGGAGCAGGCCUUGCAGUUGGGUGCAGGUCUGGCUGCAGCUUCAGGACUUGAAUCUGCCUGCUGGAUCCCAUGGUCUCAUGUGUCUGUGUGAUGUUUUCCAGCAUAUUACAAUCCCUGUGUCCUGGGGGCCACUUGAGACUCAGUAGGAUCUGCAUAGCCUUUAGUCCACUCUGGAGCCAUGGGGAGAGGCUCCCCUGCCAGCUCUGUUCUGAGCUACAGCAAUGGGAGUUGCAUUGCUGGAAGGUGGACAUUUGUGCAAAUUAAAAAAACCAACAUGGCUGAGAGAGGAAAAUGCCCAUGAGCUCAGAGUCCAUGAAGAAUGUAAGUUGUGCUGACAGUGCAUUUCAUGGGGGAAAAAAACCCUCACAAAAUAAGUCAGACUUUUGAAAGACCACUGUACAGGAUCUGUAUAUAGUCAGCUGUUCAAAGGUGAAAGAGUUUCUCUCCAGUAAUUAUUUAAAAUAUGCUUUAUUGAAGCUCAAUUUGUGCUUCAUUAAGAUUUACCUGACAGAGGCAACGGUGAGGCGUAGGAUGUGUGUUAUUCCAUUUAUGAUUUUCAUAUAGUAUGAGUCUUGGUACUGCUGGCCAAAGCCUUCGCAUUCCAAAGCAGAAAUCUUGUACAUUCCAGAGCAGGCAUAUACACAGAUGACUUGCAAUUAUAAUAAGGUAGUAAGUAGAAUUGAUUUUCAGCAUGGAGCCUUGUUACUACACAGUUUGAAUCAGAACCAUCGUGAGCCAACUUAACUUGUCAUGUUUUAGACUGGUGCAGGUUCUGUUCUUUACAUCAUUUUGCAGAAUACCUGACAGAUAAAGUGUCUGCCCUCUUAAAGCUCCCUCCCUGUGAGUCAGUGAUACCACAUAAUGCACAGAGGUACCUGUUCAGGCUUCUGACAAUUUAAGAAAGUUCUAAGAUAAAAUAAUGAAACAAAACAGUGUAUGAACAAAAUUGUGACAAUUAUUUAAACUGUUAUUCAAGUAUCCCAAAUUAAAUUUCAUCAAAACUAUGAUGUAAAAAUCUCUUACUUUACUCCUAGCCCAAAGAUUGAAUUUUUUUCCAAGACAAAGAUGGCUGCCCUAAACUACUGCCAAUGUAGAAUGGAAUAGCUGACACCUUUAACUUGAAAAUGACUGUAUGUCUGUCUUGCCACUAGGCAGGAAACACCUGAGGUCCAUCAGGUCUCAGGUCUGUGAGGCUUGCAAGGUCUUGUAAUUGGAUCCAUCACAAGUGAUGAUCUGUCAGAUUCUUACAGUGAUGUUCAUUGUGGCUCCCAGGCACCUGUUUGACCUCAACAGUUGUCAUCACCGAGAACUGUGAAGUGUCCUGGAGAAUGCUGGCUCAAAAUCCAGCAAAUUUAAUUUAGUACAAACCAAGAACUUUAGAACAUCCUAUUUUAAGAUUUUUUUUUUCUGUUUCCUCACCUUCAAAAGUGAGACAUCCUUAGACCAUUAUUAGUGAUGACAGUGACAUUUCAUGUUUUGCUUCAUACAUAAAUAUGAAUUUCAAGUAUGGAAGAAUUUGGAAGAGAGAGGAAAAACCAGCCUGAAGAGAAUUUGGAGGGAAGUCAUUAUUAUUUAUCAUCAGGGAAAAUGCAUGGCAGGGAAACUACCUCAUAUCUGUUAUCUCCGCAUCUGUGGAAGUUUUUCAUUUAUAAUAGUUCCUUGUGUGGACUCAGCUGUUAUUUCCUUUUUUUAUUUUCCCUCUAUUACAUAUGUCACUAAGUGGAUGAUUGUUUGGUGGAGGAAGAGUAAUUUUACCACCUUUAAAGAAGUGAGUGGAGGUGUUCUAUAAGAUUGGGGCCAUUCAGCUAAUUCUGAAUUACUUUGGUCUCCAGAGUCAAACUGCACUAAAAUCCAGCUCUCAACCUGGAGCGGUUGGGGGCUGUCCCUGCCCCCCCAGCCCACUCCUUUCUCUUGUGUUUCAGUAGAUCAGCUGAGCAGAGCCAGGCUGGGGAGCAGCCACGUGCACGGCGUAAGGCAGACAGAGGCUCGGGGCUCAGGCAGGGACAGGGGCUCCUGAGCAGUCCAAGCAAUCCCGUCCCUUGGCGGACUGGAGCAGCACAAGGAAAGAUCUGUGUCUGCUUUGCACGGAAUGCCCAGUGCUAAGGGAGGCCCGUGGGGAGGAGAGAGGAUGAGUUUGCGUUUGUGUUCAGUGUUUGUUCACUGAGGACAGUCCAGAAAAAAUAAACUAUACACCUCUUCCCCUGUACACAUCCAUGUCCAGACCUGCAGCCUGUGUCUCUGGGCUCACAUCCUCCUUCUUUCAAUAGUAAAUCUCAUGGUAAAUGUUUUCUCUCAUACAGCUGAAGUGAGCUUCUAGCUUACCUGCUGCCCAAUCCAGUCACAGUUUGUCACAGCCACUGCUGGAGGUACUUGGGGUUAUUUAGUGGACUGUACUGGAACUCAGAGCUUGUCUUCUCACAGACAAGAAGACUCAAAGUUUUUGAAAGCCCCGGCAAGACACACACUUUGUCAGCCAGGGCAGGACAGGUUGUGUUACCUUGUGAGCAUGUUGUGAACUGGUGCAAUUAGACACCGAGUGUGUAAUUCCACACCUGUACAGCAUCUGUGAAUGGGGCUGGAUUACUUCCAGCCCUGUGGACAAGAGCUGCUUACUUGCUUACACCUUCUGCUGUAAAUCCAAGAUGCUUUCCCUGCUUGCUUUUGCCCUGCUGCUGCAUUACACAGCCAACGACCUCCCUGUUUCCACCCUGAUAUGGUGAAUGACAAGUUUAACAAGAUUUAUCCUGCCUAUGUGUCUGUCUAAAGCUGUUGCCUUUAAUCCAGCCACGGAGAUUAUUCUUUACCUACUGGAAAACACAGUGCCUGCGCUUUCAUGGGGCUUGCCUGGAAUUUGAAUGUGCCUCUGUUUAUGAAAGUUACUCUCUGAGAGAGGAAAAAGUGUGUACAACUAUUUACUGCUAGUUUCUGAUUUGUUCCAUAUCUCUUGCAGCAUGAAUGAGAACUCAUGGUCCAGCUUUCCAAGUCCACAAAAUUACUUUACCUUAAGUUCAUUAAUUACCCAGCUUUAUUUGUUUUCCUCAGUCUUUUUUUCCCACAGGUUCUAAGGUGAUUUAUUCAAAAUGCAUUAAGUAACCUAUUAAGAACUGUUCUUAAAUGCAUUUUCAGUAUUUUAUGAUAAAAAACCAUCUUGAGGUGCUGAUUCUCAAACCAAAAAUGGAGCAGCUUCAUCUUGCUACAGCAUCACUCAGGAGUGUGAAAGAUGUCAAUAACAGAGAGGGUUUGAAUUCCAUACAAAUCUUUCUCUAUCAAGAAAAGGCUUUAAUUAAAAAGAAAGUGUGGUUUUUUCCAUUUUAAGAUGCUGGAGCUCUUUAGCAUUUGGCAGGUCAGUAUUCAGCCUGAUACUUCAAGUGUUAAGGUGAAAGCUGCCCAUUUAUGACCUGUAAUGAAUAUUUCAUUUUCUCUCCAUAUAGGGAGAGAACAAUAAACAAUAAAAACUCAAAUGCAAUGAAAAUUAACUGUAAGAAUGACACUAUCAGUCUUGGAAAAUAGCAUUUAUUAGUAUCACCUGGAAAAUGUAUCACAUGCCACUUGCCACCAUUUAGACCACUUCAGAUACUUUACACACAUUUAGUAAAAUCAGAAUGUUUACAAUUAAUCUUUCAACCAACAUUGAAAGAUUUGACUUUUUAUUGGAGCAGUAAAGAAAAGCUCAUCUUUGUCUUGCUGUCAGUGAUGUGGCAUACAUGAAAUCACUGCCCACAGACACAUCUCUUCCCAGCCCUUCCCACUAAAAUUUAGAGUACGAAGCAGCUGUUUUCUGAUGGUGAAUGCUCCAAUUGCUGCGUGCUCACUGGCAGAAACAUCUGCUUUUGCAGAUCCCUUUGCUCCACAGCAGUCACACAAUUUAGAAUGUUUCAAAGAAAACCUGCCUCAAAUGGAGUCAAUGCAGUCUUCCCAUAGUUUUCAAGGGUGUUGGGAUCAAGGGUGCCUAGGUUUUUACAUGCCAAUCAACAGAAUACCAUAAGAACUCUUGGAAUGUUGUAUCUUUUAAUUUUGGGGAAUGUAAUGCUAAAUGAAGGCAAGCUGUAUGAUUACUAAUGUAACUUUUGGUUGUGAAGGCAGUACUUUCAAAACCAAAAUCCUCUGUUAAUAGUUGUCAAGAAUAUCCUUUCCCCUUUUUUACUCUAAGUACUACAAAAUUUAUUAGAAUUUCUGAAAUAAAAGUUUAAGUGAAGUCUAUGUUCUUCAACACACUUAGCACUGACAGGCCAAAAAUUCAUGAACCACAGAGCAGUAUCACCAAAACCUGACAACUGCAGGAGAUCAGUCUGCUGAGAUGCAUCAAGGUGCACAUGUCACUGUCAGUAUGGAUGGUGUUUGGGAAUUCUGGAUAUCAUUCCAGGAACUUUUGCUUGAACGGCAUUUUUAACUGUUGGCCACAGUUUCAUUAAUCCCCAUACAUUCCUGUUCCCAAAAUAGUAUGUUCAGUGAAUGAGAGCUCAGGUUGAAAAAUAAUUUGUAGUUGAGUUUUUGCUCUCUUAUCCAAUUAAAAACUGGGUAUGCUGAGGCAAGUGACUAUGGGUAUCCUGUAUCAGCUGUAUAAAUUGUACUAUUUAAGUGUUGCAUGUAAGUGCUACAAUCCAACUGGAUUUGUGAUUUAGUAAUUAGAACCUUAUUCUGGAUUGGGCCUUGACUCAGAUUUUCUUCAUCCUAAAAUACAGACAGUUAAUGUUGAACUAAUUGAGUUGCUUGCAAGAAGAAGACAAACUUCUGUUGUGGUUUUACAGUUUUGCAGCAGGACAAGUCAGUAUGUUGGCAAAAUUGAUAAUGUAUAAUUGAAGAAAACUGCUUAUAUGUAACCAGAAAGUACUGAAGUGAUACCAGAAUAUAUAUACAUCUAACUAUGAAAUACCUUGUAGUAAAAAAUCCAGAGAAAAUGUGAUAUCAGUGAAACUUGUCUGAAAUGACCAAUAAAAAUAUGCUGCUUAAAUUAA